UGUGUGUGUGUGUGUGUGUGUGUGUGUGUGUGUGUGUGUGUGUGUGUGUGUGUGUGUGAGUGAGUCAAGUCGGUUCAGUUCUGUAACUUCCUCGUGUUAAAGUUGAUUUCCUCAUCUCAACGGCCUGUUGCAGCAAGCAGCCCUUCUUUCUGCUCCUUUAAAACCGUUCACCUUAACAACUUGUUUAACACUUUAACCUCCUUUUCUUCCCUUACAUUUAUACUUUUAUAACUUUUUACCGUAUGGGACAGAACUUUUUUUAUCCAGUCUACUAUGGAUGAGGAGAGAGAGGAGGGGGGUCGUACCUCUAAAACCACUCUGUCUGGGGAACAUGGCCGCCGGAGCAAAGCUAAGAGGCCAGAGCAGCAGGAGAGAGCAGGAUCCCCUGGACCCAGCCGUGUCUCCAUGAAGAGCAUACGUAACCUGUUCAGAAAAAAGGAGCAAAUUCAUGAACAAGGAAGACUCCAGCAGCAGAGAGCAGACUCCCCUGGACCCAGCUGUGUCUCCACAAAGAGUGACUGUUCUAUGGAACAACGUCAUAACUUUAAAGAGGGAAAUCACCAACCUUCUAAGGAAAGACAACACCAGGAGUGGUUAAUGGUUACCAGUGCUCAGUCUCUACAGCAGCAUCAAACAGUGCUGAUCAAGAGGGCUGAGGAGAACGCACACGCUUUUCUAGACAAGGAGCUGAAGAAGCUCUGGAGGGAUCUCUUCUCAGAUUACCCACACUGCUCAGAGAGUCAGAGGGAGGGGGAGGAGGUGGAUGGUGAGAAGGAGGAGCAGAGGAGGCGCGCCAUAGAGGGAGUGGUGCACAUCACAAUGCACUGCCUGAUGGAGAUGAACAAGAAGGGACUGGCCGACAAACUGUUGAGCGGAUAUGCUGCUGUCGAGUGCCAACAUAAAAUCAAGUCACGUUUGAAGAAGAAGUUCUGGUGUGUGUUUGAGGGAAUCGCCAAAGCAGGACAUUCAACACCUCUGAAUGAGUUUUACACAGAGAUCUUCAUCACAAAGAGAGGCAGUGGAGAGGUCAACCAGGAACAUGAGGUCAGGCUGAUUGAAGCAGCUUCCAGGAAACCAGCCGAGGAGGAAACACCAAUCAGAUGUGAGGACAUCUUUAAACCAUUACCUGGAGAAGAUAAACCAAUCAGGACAAUAAUGACAACGGGAGUAGCCGGCAUUGGUAAAACCAUCUUAACAAAAAAGUUCACUCUGGACUGGGCUGAAGGAAAAACCAACCACGACAUAAACUUCACAUUUCUCCUCACCUUCAGAGAGCUGAAUUUACUGAAAGGGAAAGAGUUUAGCUUGGUGGAACUUCUUCAUCACUUCUUUAUUGAGACCAAAGAAGCAGGAAUUUGCAGAUACGACAGGUUCCAAAUUGUCUUAAUUUUGGAUGGUCUGGAUGAGUGUCAACUUCCUCUGGACUUCCAGAACAACCCCAUCUGUAAUGAUGUCACAAAGUCCACCUCGGUGGACGUGCUGCUGACAAACCUCAUCAGGGGCGACCUGCUACCCUCUUCUACCAUCUGGAUAACUACACGCCCUGCGGCAGCCAAUCAGAUCCCUGCUGAGUGUAUUGACAUGUUGACAGAGGUCAGAGGGUUCACCGACCCACAGAAGGAGGACUACUUCAGGAAGAGAUUCAAAGAUGAGAUGCUGGCCAGCACAAUCAUCUCCCAUGUCAAGAAAUCACGAAGCCUCCACAUCAUGUGUCACAUCCCAGUCUUCUGUUGGAUCACUGCUAGAGUUCUGGAGGACUACUUCAAAACAUCCCAGAUAGAAGAAGAGACGCCCAAGACCGUGACUCAGAUGUACAGCCACUUCCUGAGGGUUCUGUCCAUAGAGGGGGACAGGAAGUAUCGUUCGAUAGCUGAAACAGAUUCACGAUGGAGUUCACAGAGCAGGCACAUCAUUGAUUCUCUGGGAAAACUGGCUUUUAACCAGCUGGAGAGUGGCAACCUAAUCUUCUACGAGGACGACCUGGCAGACUGUAAAUAUUAUUUCCACGAAGCCUCAGUGUACUCAGGAGUGUUCACCGAGAUCUUUAAAGAGGAGUGUGGGCUGUACUCAGGUGAGAAGUUGUACUGCUUUGUCCAUUUGAGCAUCCAGGAGUUUCUGGCUGCCCUUUAUGUAUUUCGGUCCUUCGUCCACAAGGGUGUCAAUCUGCUCUCAGAAAAGCAACCAACCUUCGGUGAAGAUAAACUCCUCCUCUUCUACCAGAGUGCUGUGGACCAGGCCUUGCAGAGUGAGAACGGACACCUAGACUUGUUCCUCCGCUUCCUCCUGGGCCUCUCUCUGGAGGCCAAUCAGAAUGUCCUACGAGGUCUGCUGGGACAGACAGGGAGUAGAAAAAGGUUCACUCAGUUUAAACAAGGUAUGCUGAGACAGAAAAGACGUAGCUCACAGACCAACAAGGAUACCGUGUCUUACAUCAAGAAGAAGAUAGAUGGUGGAGAUCUCUCUCCAGAGAGAAGCAUCAAUCUGUUCCACUGUCUGAAUGAGCUGAACGACCGUUCUCUAGUGGAGGAGAUCCAGCAGUUCCUGACAUCCGGAAGUCUCUCCAGAAAAUCUCUGUCUCCUGCUCAGUGGUCAGCUCUGGUCUUCAUCUUACUGUCAUCAGAAGAGGAGCUGGACGUGUUUGACCUGAAGAAAUACUCUGCUUCAGAGGAGGGUCUUCUGAGGCUGCUGCCAGUGGUCAAAGCCUCCAAAACAUCUCUAAGGCUGAAUAGCUGUGGUCUGUCAGAGAGAAGCUGUGAAGCUCUGGCCUCAGUUCUCAGCUCCGACUCCUGUAGUCUGAGAGAGCUGGAUCUGAGUACCAAUGAUCUGCAGGAUUCAGGAGUAAAGCUGCUCUCUGCUGGACUGGGGAGUCCACACUGCACACUGGAAACUCUCAGCUUGUCUGGCUGCCUGGUCACACAGGAAGGCUGUGCUUCUCUGGCCUCAGCUCUGAGCUCCAACCCCUCCCAUCUGAGAGAGCUGGAACUGAGCUACAAUCACCCUGGAGACUCUGGAGCUGCGCUGCUCUCUGCUGGACUGGAGGAUCCACGCUGGAGACUGGACACUCUCAGUGUGGAGCACGGUGGAGUGUGGAGGCUGAAACUAGCUCUAAAGAAGUAUGCCUGUGACCUCACACUGGACCCCAACACGGUCCAAAGAGACCUCUCUCUGUCUGAGGACAACAGGAAGGUGACGGUGGUUGGAGUGGACCAGUCGUAUCCGGAUCACCCAGACAGAUUUGACUCCCAGUACCAGGUGUUGGGUAGAGAGGCUCUGACUGGCCGCUGUUACUGGAAGGUAGAGUGGGAAGGACGGGUUAAUAUAGGAGUGACAUACAGAGGAAUCACAAGGAGAGGAGACGGUCGUGACAGCAGGCUUGGAGAGAACAACAAGUCCUGGGUUCUUUAUUGUGAUGAUGGUCGUUACUAUGCCCGGUACAACGGUAGAGAGACAGUCCUCCGUCUCCGCGCCGCUGGCUCCACCAGAGUAGGAGUGUAUCUGGACCGGCCUGCUGGCUCUCUGUCCUUCUACAGAGUGUCCCCAGGUGGAGGAGGGUCCUCAGACACACUGACACACCUCCACACCUUCUGGUCCCCCUUCACCCAGGAGGACCUCCUCCCGGGGGUGAGGGUAGGGUGGGUCAGGGGGGGGUCCUCAGCAUCUCUGUGUCGGUUGUAGACACACACGAAGGGUAGGGUCCUCAGGGCUCGGCGGGGCCUCAGUGUCUCUGUGGGGAGGGGGGGUGAGGCAGGGUGGGGGAGGGUGUGGACACAAACACACCCAGUGGGCUGAGGGUUCUGGUAGGGGGGUUCAGUAUCUCUGUGUCAGUUAUAGUCUCUCUGUCUCUCUCUCUCUCUCUCUCUCCCUCUCUCUCUCUCUGUCUCAGUCUCUCUCUCUCUCUCUCUCUCUCUCUCUCUCUCUCUCUCUGUCUCUCUCUCUCUCU